GAUGCGGCAACUGCUAACGGCUGCGGAGUUUAAACACCAGCCGCCGCUGCAGACGCUGAGCUCCCGGCGCGGGGAGCUCCCACGCUGGAAAAGCGUGAUGGAGUACCCAGUGACAGAAACUGGCUCACUUUUUACCUCAGGAAAUAAGAGACAUGUGAAAGACAAACGAAUUUCAAAGACUGCUAAGUUGAAUGUUUCACUUGCUUCAAAAAUCAAAACAAAAAUAAUAAACAAUUCUUCUAUUUUCAAAAUUUCUUUAAAGCACAAUAACAGGGCAUUAGCUCAGGCUCUUAGUAAAGAAAAAGAGAAUUCUCGAAGAAUCACAACUGAGAAGGUGCUAUUGCAAAAAGAAGUGGAGAAACUGAAUUUUGAGAACACAUUUCUUCGCCUAAAGCUAAAUAAUUUGAAUAAGAAGCUUAUAGAAAUAGAAGCACUCAUGAAUAAUAACUUGAUAACCGCAAUUGAAAUGAGUACUUUUUCUGAGUUUCAUCAGAAUACCUUUCUACUGCCCACUAGCAAGAAGAAACGGGUCAGUAAACAGUGCAAGUUGAUGCGUCUCCCAUUUGCAAGUUUGUUGUAUCGUUUUGCCCAUUAUGCUGUACUAGCACCACAUUGCACAAAAAGCCAUUCCCAUUCCCACUCAGACAGAAGUUCCAAGAGUUCUCUAAAGAGUGAAAUGAGAAGUGCCCAGUUAAUCAGCCACAAAAAGGAGAAACCAUUUCCUAGUAAUAUAACUGAAAGGAAAAAACGUAUAUCAUCUCGGGAAUCAAAUAAUCCCUCUGCAGACAGUCCCUGUGUGAUAGAUUUAGGUCAACAGUGGAUUUCAAGUCCAGAAUUACGUUGGAAUAAUGAGAUCAAAGAUCCUACUAAUGAAGCAAAUAUUCCAGUGCAGAGAAGCAUACAAUGUCUUCCUGACUCAUGUGAGUCUGCUCGUGACCCUACUGCAGAGUGCAAGAAUCAAGAGCAGAGUAAUGAGGCCUUUCAGUUGCAGAAAACUGUGUAUGAUGCUGACAUGGAUUUAACUGCUACUGAAGUAAGCACAAUUGUUACAGUUUCAACAAGCAUUAAAAAUAAAAGUAAUGUAAAACCAAAUGAUUGUGGAAUAAAACCUUUCAGAAAAGUAAAAGAUUCAAGCUCUGACAGAAAGAGAGAAGGACCAAAGAGAAAGUUUAAAAACAGUUCAGAUGUGGAUAUUGAAGACAAGAUGGGAAAUGGACCAGCAAAAAGAUCUGUUGUUCUUGAUGGCAAAGGGGAUUCAGAAGAUCCAAAUUUUAUUUUUAAUACUGAACAGGUGACUCAGUUGAACACACUGAAGAAAAUAACCCUUCCUAGUGGCUGUGAUCAAGAUGACAGACAAAGUACACGGUAUAAUAAAAAAAAGAAAAGAACACAUGUCACAAAUGAGCAAGAGGAAAUACACUCUUUCUCCCAAAGUUCAGAUAAAGCCCAGCAGGAGAGUAAAUUUGGUGUGGGUCAGACUUCUCCAGCUGAUAAAAAAUGUAAGGCUUCUAGACAGACAUUUGUGAUUCAUAAUUUAGAAAAAGGUAACUUAUUCCCAAACCAAAAGGAUAAAGAAACCACUUCUGAAAACCUGGAAGUCACAAACGAAUUUCAAACAGCUGAUCUUCCCACCAAAGAUAACCAAAGUUUAUUUGAUUAUGAGACCCAGAAUAUGUUGGAUUUGAAAAGGCAUGUCACUGGAAUGCAACCUGCUCAGCAAAAUGAAUCAAAAAUAAAAAAGCUUAGGCAGAAAGUAAAUCGGAAGACGGAAAUAAUUUCUGUAAUAAACCAUAUUUGUGGGAAUGAUGCUAAAGAUGUGCAUGGCCUAGAAAAUGGUAACUUUUCCUUUGAAACCCAACAGGGUAAAGAAACCAUCUCUGAAAACCUGGAAACUUCAAAUGAGUUUCAAAAACCUUCUCUUUUUGCCAUAGGUAAUGGAAACCUGUGUGAUAAUGAGACCCAGAAUGUGUUAGAUUUGCAAAAGCAGAUCAGUGAUGUGUGCUCUGUUCAUCGAAAUGAAUCAAAAGUUAAUAAGAAUCUUAGGCAGAAAGUAAAUCGGAAGACAGAAAUAAUUUCUGAAGUGAACUAUUUAGAUAACGACAAAAAUCUGUUUUGCCCGGAAAGGAGCAACUCUUUUUUCCUAACCCAGAAGGAUGAAGAAGUUAUCCCUGAAAACCUAAAAGACCCCAGUGAGUUUCAAACACCUGCCCUUUCUUCCAAAGAUAGUGGAAACCUGUAUGACUGUGAUCCUCAGAAUGUUUUGGGGGUGAAAAAGCAAGUCCAUGAUAGGCAACCUGCUUGUCAAAAUGAAUCAAAAAUAGAUAAGAAGCUUAGGCAGAAAGUAAAUCGGAAGACAGAAAUAAUUUCUCAAGUGUACCAACUAUGUGGGGAUAAUGAUGAAGAUGUUCAUGGCCCAGAAAUCUGUACAAAAGUUCUUGAUUUUGAAAUAAAUAAAUCUAAACAAAGACUUGAAUGCCAAAGUAUUAUCAGUGGAUACUGUAUGGAAAGCAAUAGUAAUGAAAAGGAAAAUUGUGAUCAAGUUUCAAAUCCUUGUAAACUAGUUAAAAAAACUAGGAAAAAAUCAUCAGGCAAGACAAAGAACAUUUUGGCAAAAGGAAAAAACAGACCUAUUUUGCACUUAACAGGUUCUUCACUGACAUCUAUUUCCAUAGAAUCAGGUUUAAAACAUAUUAAUGAGGCAAAUUCUGAUCCUGGUAACCAAAAGGAACCACACAAGAAUCCAGAGCAAAAAAGCACUACAAGUCUGAAUAAAAGAGGAGAUAUUCCUUUUGUGGAAGGAAUGAAAGGAGAGUGUCAGGUCAAAAAAGUAAAUAAAGUGACGUCCAAAUCAAAGAAAAGGAAAACCUUCAUAGAUCCUUCUCCAGGUAGUCAUGAAGUAAUGGACAUAAUAUCUGACAAUGUUCAGGAAAUAACAGCUGAAUCUGAGCAAGGCAAUGCUGAAAAAAAUUUGGAAAGUGAGAAAAUUGUCAAAAUUCAGCCAGACUCUUACACAAAAGUGUUUAAUUCUUUAUCUCAGAUAAAUUCACGUAACAUACAAAAUACGUCCUUUAAUAGUAUUCAUGAGGGUUCAAUACCCUUGAGUAUUUCUUCUAGUAAAAAUAUGAUAAUAAAAGAAAAUUUUGUCCUGGAAUGCUCACCAAUCUUUCAAGUAAGUGAUGAUGUGGAUGAGAAGAUGAAAGGGAUGAAAUUCAAAGUCAACCGAAGAACACAAAAAUCAGAAAUAGGUGGUAGAACACUGCAGGACUUGACUAAUACCAGUUUCGUUUCAAAUAACAUGACUAAAUUGGAAAAUAAGUCAGAAGAUCUAUCUUUAGAACUGCCAAGCCGAAGAAGAAGGUGCACUCCUCUCUAUUUAAAAGAGCCAAGUCUCAAAGGAAAGAUGAGAAGAUGAGCUGAAUUUAUGCAUUCUGCUUUUCUGAAUCCUCAAACCAUAAUGAAUCAAAACAGACACAACUAGGAUCAAAGUGAAAGCACAUAACGAAAAUUUUUUUAUUUUCUUGUUUGUUUUCUGCCUUUUCAUAGAAUGUUGAUUUAUCCGUUCUUAUGUUUAGAUAGAUAUAUGUGCGUGAAAUAGCUACUGUGUAAUAUUAACUUUUAAAAUCAUUUUGGCCAUCCUAUAACUUAUCUACCUGCUCAUUUAAGCUUGUCAAUCUACCAACCUUUAAUUAAACAGUAACUGUUAACUUUUUAACAAAAUAAAAUAUAUUAUAAAUA